AUGGCGCAUGCCUUCCAAACGGGGCACCGCACCCAUAGUUGUGGAGAGCUUCGGAAGGAACAUGUGGGCCAGUCGGUGACUGUCUGCGGCUGGGUGCAGAUGUCCAGAGACAUGAAUCACUUUGCCUUCGUCGACCUGCGGGACCGCUAUGGCAUCACACAGGUUGUGUUUCCCAAAGAAGGAGCAGACGAAGCCGGCCUCCAGCGCUACGAGCAGGCACGAAACCUUGGCCGCGAGUUCGUCGUGAAGGUGACCGGAAAGGCAGGGCACUCCUCCGCCGCGAGUUCAACCGCUGCUCUGGGCACGGACUCGCAGGUGGUGGAGCGCAUCCAGAAGAACGCAAAGACAGGGGAUAUCGAGAUUGUAGCAGACCAACUUGAGGUCUUGAACGCUAGCUCCACACCUCCUUUCAAAAUCGAAGAUGUGACCGAUGCCAACGAGGACACACGAAUGCGGUAUCGAUACUUGGACAUUCGGCGGAACCCGAUCAAGGACGCAAUCCUACUCCGCAAUAAGGUCACGCGUAUGGUCCGAGAUUACCUGGGAGAUCUUGAGUUUUGCGAAGUCGAGACGCCGGUUCUCAUCAAGUCAACACCCGAAGGUGCUCGUGACUUUGUGGUGCCUUCACGAAUGAACCCUGGGCAGUUCUAUGCUCUGCCGCAGUCGCCGCAGACUUUCAAGCAGCUUCUAAUGGUGGGCGGUCUCGAUCGCUAUUUCCAGAUCGUGAAAUGCUUUCGCGACGAGGAGCUUCGGGCGGACAGGCAGCCUGAAUUUACUCAGAUUGAUUGCGAAAUGUCCUUCGUGCAGCAGGAGGAUGUUCUGCGGAUCUUCGAGGGCAUGAUUCGCCAAAUCUUCAAGAGCUUGUGCGGCCAGGUCCCAAGUCCGCAGUCCCAAGCAGUACUUCUGGAGAAGCAGGGCCAGCGCACCAUCACUGCCACUCCCGCCUUUCUCCAGGCGAUGGAUCGGUUUGGUAUCGACAAGCCUGACUUGCGCUACGACAUGGAGCUCCUCGGACAGCAGGCAAAUUCCCAAAGCAUGCGACACAUCACCCGCAUGCCAAGGCUGGUGGACUUGACAGAGGUGAGCAAAGGGAAAAACUUCAAGAUGUUUGAUGAUGCGGAGCUCGUUGUGGGGAUGUGCUGCAAGGGCAUUGGCUCAUGGUCUGGGAAGAAAGUGAAAGAUCUCGAAAAGAAGGCCACAGGACAGGAAGUAGGUGCAAGUGCAUUGGUGUGGUUGAAGAUCAACCCCGAUGGGUCCUACGACUGCUCUGCGAAGAAGUUUUUCACUGACGAGGACUACGUGAAGUGGGUUGAGAAGGCGAAUGCCAAGCCAGGAGGAUGUGGUCCAGGGGACCUCCUGCUCAUUAUCGCAGGCAAGAAGCUGCAGACGCAAGAGUCCAUGGGCAAGUUCCGGCACCUGAUGGGAACAGAGCUAGGCUUGCGAAGCGAAGGCUUUCGGGCACUUUGGGUCGUGAAUUUUCCGAUGUUGGAGUGGGACGAGGAUGAGGGGCGGUUCACGGCAAAACACCACCCGUUCACUUCUCCCUGGACAGAGGACAUCGAGAAGAUGGUCAGCCUUGACCACAAGGAUCCCAAACUGGCAGAGGUGAGAGCCAACGCUUAUGACAUGGUGAUCAACGGCGUUGAGGUGGGUGGUGGGUCCGUCAGGAUUCACGAGCGGCCUUUGCAGGAGAAGGUCUUCAGUGUGCUUGGCUUCAGCAAGGAGGAGGCAUUGGCGCAGUUCGGCUUCUUGAUGGGUGCUUUUGAGUAUGGAGCUCCGCCUCAUGCUGGUCUUGCGUUCGGACUCGACAGACUUUGCACCAUCAUUGGUGGAAAGGCGACGAUCCGCGACUUCAUUGCGUUCCCGAAGAACAACAUGGGCAGAGAUACCAUGAUCAACACGCCCGCUGCAAUCACAUCCGCUCAGUUGGCCGAGCUCAGCAUCACAACAACUGUCGACGAGGAUGGAAAGCCGAAGGCUUCGGGCUACCCUGCUUGA